AAGUUAAUUUAAAAUUUUAGUUGAUUCAUCAGAGAAACACUCACUGGAUAAUCGAUAUAUAAACCCCGUAUAGUGAUUCAUACUCCGGGAACUAUAAACCUUAAUUUGGAAAAGGAAACAAGAAACUAGCAAAAUAUGGCCACAAUGCCAGGCAUCCUCACCGACUGGCCUUGGAAAAGUCUCGGGAGCUUUAAGCACAUGAUUUUGGCACCCUGGGCAAUUCAUAGCACCUAUUCAUUCUUGGUGAAAGAAAAAGAUGAGAGAGACCUUGGUUACUUUCUCAUAUUCCCAUUUCUGCUGCUGCGGAUGCUUCACAAUCAGAUCUGGAUUUCAUUUUCUCGUUACAAAACGGCCAAAGGCUCCAACAGGAUCGUUGACAAGGGCAUUGAGUUCGAGCAAGUUGACAGGGAGAGCAACUGGGAUGACCAGAUAAUCUUAAACGGACUCAUGCUUUACAUAGGUUACUCCUUCUCUUUGGGUAUCCACCUUCCCUUGUGGAGGAUGGAUGGUGUAAUUAUGACUAUACUACUUCAUGCGGGACCUGUGGAGUUCCUCUACUACUGGCUUCACAGAUUACUUCAUCACCAUUAUCUCUACUCCAGAUACCAUUCACAUCACCAUUCCUCCAUUGCCACAGAGCCCAUCACCUCUGUGAUUCAUCCAUUUGCGGAACACAUCGCAUAUUUUGCGUUGUUUGCAAUCCCACUGGCUACAACGCUAGUCACCGGCACUGCCUCUAUUAUAUCCUUCGCUGCCUACAUCACUUACAUCGACUUGAUGAACAACAUGGGUCACUGCAACUUUGAGCUCACUCCCAAGACCCUCUUCUCCAUCUUUCCCCCACUCAAGUUUCUUAUGUAUACUCCUUCAUUUCACUCCCUGCAUCAUACUCAAUUCCGGACAAAUUACUCGCUUUUCAUGCCUUUAUAUGAUUACAUUUACAAUACCGCGGACAAAUGUUCUGAUACCCUGUAUGAAGCUUCACUUAAGAGAUCGGAAGACUCACCAGAUGUGGUACAUCUUAUGCAUCUGACGACGCCUGAGUCUAUCUACUACCUGCAGUUUGGAUUUGCUUCUUUAGCCUCCAAACCUUACACCUAUAAAUGGUACGUGUGGAUUAUGUGGCCCAUAACACUAUUUUGGUCUGUCAUCAUGUCUUGGAUUCAUGGACAAGCAUUUAUUUCUGAGAGGAACGCUUUCAACGGUCUCAAAUCGCAAUCUUGGGUGGUACCCAAAUACGCAAUUCAAUACAAGUUCAAAAGGCAAAGAGAAGCUAUCAAUGGCUUCAUUGAAGAAGCCAUUUUAGAGGCAGACAAGAGAGGAGUUAAAGUACUAACUCUUGGACUUCUCAAUCAGGGUGAGGAGCUCAACAGAAAUGGUGAGAUCUAUCUCCAAAAGAACCCCUGGCUCAAAAUUAAAGUGGUGGAUGGGAGUAGCCUAGCAGUGGCUGUUGUGCUUAACAGUAUACCCCAAGGGACAACGCAAGUGCUACUUAGAGGCGACCUCACCAAGGUUGCUUAUGCUGUUACCUUUGCCCUAUGCCGUAGAGGAAUUCAGGUAGCUACAAUGAACAAGCAUGAAGGCGAGAAGCUUGGGCAGAGGGUAACAAUCCCACAAAGUAACUUGGUCGUCCAUCCAAUAACACACGCUCCUAAGGUAUGGUUAGUGGGAGAUGACUUGGGCUGUGAAGAGCAAAUGAAAGCAGCGAAAGGAACAGUAUUCAUUCCCUUUUCACAGUUUCCUCCCAAGAAAUGGCGUAAAGAUUGCGUGUAUUACAGCACGCCAGCCAUGAUAGUUCCUAAAGCUUUUGAGAACUUGCAUUCUUGUGAGAAUUGGCUGCCAAGAAGGGUAAUGAGUGCUUGGCGUAUAGCAGGAAUACUGCAUGCCUUGGAAGGGUGGAAUGAGCACGAGUGUGGCGACCAAAUCUUCAAUGUUGAGAAAGUUUGGGAAGCUAGUCUUCGACACGGUUUCGUUCCUUUCACAACCUCUUCGUCUUAAGCCUUAUGUUCUACAUAUCCUCCAAGAAUUCUCUUUUUAGUAAAAUGCAUACUCAUAAUUAUGUUUAUGAAAAGAGAGAGGGAGACAGAGGGCUUAAUUACUAGUAACUAUAACGAAACCGAAUUAAUAAAAGGUUUGUCAUUUGUGCUUGUUUACCAUUCUUGUAGCCAUUGGUGGCCCCUUGUGUGUGUUAUAUCUUCCGCAAGGUGCGGCUAGUGCUGGCAAUUAUUGGAAUGAAAAUAUGAAAUGGUCAUUUUGCGUUGUUGAA